UCGUGACCGUGGCCGCAGUAGUCCGCACUCUUUAAUCGGAUUCUGGCUAGUCUCGCCGAAAUAAAUUCGGGGUUUGAAAAACAAGCCGCCAUUCUGCAAAGUUGUUGCACGUGUUGCACGUUUGCAUACUUGCUAAAGUUUAAAGUGGGAAAAUAGAAACCAAAUUCAAAAUGAGCUGCGCAACGGGCACCAUAAAGUACUCGCUAUUUCUUUUUAAUGCCUUAUGGGCGAUUCUUGGAAUAUUGGUACUCAUUUUCGGCGUCCUCGGCUGGGGAGCGAUGCCGGAGGCGUAUGCCAUUGGCAUUCUGGUCCUGGGCGGCAUUAUCCUGGUGAUAUCCAUGUUCGGCUGCUGUGGAGCCGUUCGCGAAUCGCCCCGAAUGCUGUGGACGUACGUGUCGCUGCUGCUGGUGUUGCUGUUACUAAUAGUGGCCUUUAUCAUCCUCAAUCCCCGAGAUGUGUUCAAGAAGUACGCCGUGCAGACGGUCGAGGAUCACUGGAAGCUGGAGCAGACCAAACCGAACAGCAUGGAUCUUAUUCAGAAGACUUACCAAUGCUGUGGCCUCAACGAAGCCUCUGACUACUUAGAACUCAAAUUCUGGAACAGUACUGUACCCAGCAGCUGCUGCAAGGAUAUGAACUGUGAGAACCCCCUGAAUCUCAAUCGCCGGGGAUGUCUCAGCACAGUGGAGGAGGCGUUCGCGGAUGAGGGCGUGACAAUAAGCUACAUGGAGUGGGGUCUGCUCGGAUUCGAUGCCGUCAUUCUCGUGCUAGCCGUCAUUUUGGCCAUUCACUACACGAAUCGCCAGAGGCGCUACAACUAUUAGUGACACAUUACCGCCUUAGAAAUCAAUCUCCUCAACUUCUCCUUUUUAAGCGUCACCAAUGUACCUUGUUUCGAUUCACCAAACACAGCGUCAUGUAAGUGCGUAGUUUAGUUGCCGAGUAACCGAAGAUGCAUUAAAUAUACAAACAUACCGCCAUA